CUCGCUACUGCGCAGGUCACUUCUCAGUGACGACAAAGAAAGUUGUGUGCACCGAAACCCAAACGCUGUAGAGGGAUAUAUUCGUCAAGAGCGCGGACCACCGUAGAAUAUACUUUAACCAGAACUACAAACCAACCGAGUGAUUUAAACCAAAAUUUCCCAUCAUGGCACAGCAGAAUGCAGGAGAUGAGGUCCCAACAUUCAAGUUAGUCCUGGUUGGAGAUGGUGGCACAGGUAAAACAACAUUUGUGAAGCGGCAUUUGACCGGUGAAUUUGAAAAAAAAUAUGUUGCAACACUUGGUGUUGAAGUACAUCCCCUUUUAUUUCACACAAAUCGUGGACCUAUCCGGUUUAAUGUUUGGGAUACAGCAGGGCAAGAAAAAUUUGGUGGUCUCCGUGAUGGCUACUAUAUACAAGGUCAAUGUGCGAUAAUUAUGUUUGAUGUAACGUCAAGAGUUACAUACAAGAACGUGCCAAACUGGCAUAGAGAUUUAGUCCGUGUCUGUGAAAACAUCCCUAUUGUUUUAUGUGGCAACAAAGUAGAUAUCAAAGACCGUAAAGUGAAAGCAAAAUCUAUUACGUUCCAUAGAAAGAAGAAUUUACAAUAUUACGAUAUAAGCGCUAAGAGUAAUUAUAACUUCGAGAAACCUUUCUUGUGGUUAGCAAGGAAGUUGAGUGGAGACCCCAACCUGGAAUUUGUAGCCAUGCCUGCCCUAGCCCCUCCAGAAGUGAAUAUGGACCCACAAUUGGCAGCAAAAUAUGAAGAGGACCUCAAACACGCACAAGCGACAGCCCUUCCAGAUGAAGAUGAUGACCUCCUUGCCCACACUAAACUGGAAUUAUUAAUGGAAAGUCCCUCAACACUCUUGAUUGUCUCAUUUCAGAUGGUGGUGGUUGGUGAUGGAGGUACCGGUAAAACUACGUUUGUGAAGCGACAUCUAACUGGAGAAUUCGAAAAACGAUACAUAGCAACAAUCGGUGCAGAGGUUCACAUGAUGAACUUUUACACAACACGUGGAUUAAUUCGUUUCAAUGUCUGGGACACUGCUGGGCAGGAAAAGUUUGGUGCACUUCGAGAUGGUUAUUAUAUUGGUGCUCACUGUGCCAUCAUCAUGUUCGAUGUAACUUCUAGGGUAACGUACAAAAAUGUGCCAAACUGGCAUCGAGACUUGGCCCGUGUCUGUGAAAAUAUACCUAUCGUCCUCUGUGGAAAUAAAGUUGACGUAAAAGACCGCAAAGUCCAUGCUAAGCAUAUUACGUUUCACAGAAAGAAAAACUUGCAGUAUUAUGACAUCAGUGCCAAAAGUAACUACAACUAUGAAAAGCCAUUUGUCUGGUGUUUAAAAAAACUGGCUGGUGAUUCGCAUCUAGAGUUGCUUAGUCAGCCUGCUAUUACACCUCCCGAAGUUGUUAUUGAUGAGGCACGACUCCGGCAGUUCGAAAGAGAAUCUCAGGAAGCUGCACUGUUAGAACUACCUCCAGACGACGACGACUACUAUUAACAAAUUUAUGUACCUGUUGGUUUGCUAGAAGUUCUCAUAUUGAAGUAAUUUGUAACCCAUACAAGAAGAUAGAGACAUUAAAUAAAUGAAAUGAAAUUUUGUGCCAAAAGCUGGUGGUACGGAUUCAGCAGAAUCUUUAAAUUUAUGUCAAACCCAUCGUCUCUCGAGACAGAAGGAUGCCUACCUAAUACAAGUAUUUAUAUUUAUGUGCAAACUCCUGCAAUAUUAAAAGUCGCGGCAAAACUAUUAAAAAAACGGACCUGACUAUCAUUCAUUAUCUUCUGGUCAUAAUGUACCUUGGCGUGUGGUUCAGUGCUUUAAUAGUUUUUGCAUCAGAGUUAGAGAUUGUAUGUUUCGAUUGAUUGAGAGCAGAGACAUUGAAAACUUCCAUUAAGUAUUCAUAUGGUUCUUGAAAUACCGGUAUUGUUUGAACAGAUACCCACAGAGUACAACUCAUAUAUACUCAUUUAUAGAUGUUUUA